UAAUGGCACCUAGCUGGUGGCCGACAAUCUAAAAGACAUUAGAGGACACCCUACCUCAGUCCCCUCAUCACACUCUCCUCCACCUUACCACCCUGUCUACUACUGGAGUAAGAGAGACAGGGGAAAGAGAGAGUGUAUGUUUUUGUUCUGUGGCAGAAAGGCGUUCUCCUACCUCAGGAUGUUGCCUUUAAAGUUGAAGAAGUGGGUUUCCUGUGGAGGAAACGAUCACAGAAUAGACAAGGCUUGGUCGAGACACUGUGUUCCCAGCAUUGCUUGAGUACAGGUCACCCAGCUGCAGACUGGACAGCAUGCUUUGGUGGAACAAACUCGGUCUCACUGGCUUGAGAGGUGUUUGAUUCCCCUCAUGGAGCCCAGAUGCUUUGAAGACUGGUUGACUGGCACCAAAUCUGAGCCUGAUCUCUCCCACAGAAGAAUUCAUUUAUGACUAUUACACAAUGGACAAUUAACAUAUGGAUGAGACUUUUUGUUUUUUCUUUUGCUUUGAGUGAAUGAAUGGAUAUUUUUUAACCUGUCACCCUGACCAACAUUACCUCUAGUUUCCCAUGUCAGGUGUAUGACCAACAGAGACAUGUCCAAUGACAGCUGCAACCUCCCCUUGGACACAGACACAUUUGGCCUGACCUGCAUUUAUGGCCUGAUCUUCUCUCUGGGUCUUCCCAGCAACCUGCUGUCUCUCUGGGGACUCUACCACCUGGGCCGAUCUGGUGGGGGGGGCUGUCAGCUGGUGUACAUCCUCAACCUGCUGCUGUCAGACCUUCUGCAGCUGCUCACCUUGCCACUGUGGAUCCUUUAUCUCCAAGGUGCACACCGCUGGCCCUACGGCCAGCUAACCUGCGAGCUGGUGGGUUAUGUAUUUUAUGUAAAUGUCUAUGCCAGUGUCAUGUUCUUGUGCCUGAUAGCGCUGGAUCGCUGCCUGGCUAUUGUGUACCCAAUAAGCAGCCGCAGGGUGAGGACUGUCAGGGUGGCAGUGGUGUCCGGUGUUGCAGUCUGGACACUGACCUUCCUGUUCUGCCUGAGCGGACUGCUGCCAUCAGUGUUUGACUCUGAGAGGCUGCUGUGCUUGGAGCAAUACCCAGUCAGCCCUGGAUACGCCCACUUCAAGAUUAUCACCGUGGCCUUAGGUUUUUUGUUGCCAUGUGCCAUACUUGGCUACACCUCUGCCCACAUUGGGGUGACACUCCGACAAUCUCCUUCCCUCUCCGACCACGAGCGGCACAAAAUCGUGGGCAUCCUGGUUGUGAUCACGGUCAACUUCAUUGUUGUAUUCGGACCCUAUCACCUCGUGGGUGGAUACAGAUUUGUGUACUUGCUGCUGACUGAUGAGCCAUGUGGAUUGGAGCGUUCCAUUUUCCUCAUCUAUCGCCUAUGCUACGGUCUGACCAGCCUGAACACCCUGCUGGAUCCCCUCUUCUACAUUUUCUUAUGCCCUGAUGCCCGGCUAGAGCUGCAAAGGUCCCUGCCCUGUUUGGGAAGGGGGCAAAACACCCACAAAAAGAUCACCUUUAGUACCAGAGCCCACCCAGCCAACCAGAGGGAGAAUGAAACUGGACAUAAUAAUCUUCUAGCAAUAUAACUGGAAUUUGACCAUAAGACUGACUCCUGGUGUUUAGUCAAAGCAAUUGUGCCACCCAGUGGAAUGUACAUGUAUAUUUUCUGUGCAGUUGAAUUUCAACUCUCAGUUAAUGCUUUUACUGCCUCAGAGUGUUCAAGCCUUGUGAGCUAAAAACAAAAUAAAAUAAAAAUUAGUUUUCAGUUCAGUUUCUCAUCUCAAAAUCAACUAUUGUUUCAUAGCUUUAGUACAAUAAAUACAAAUACUUGAACUGUUACUUACACAAAAAUCAGUAAUGCAAUAGAAAUGUGAUAUUUGUGUCAAAUUAAGCCAAAUGAAGUAAUAAGUGUGUGUGCUUGUGAUUCAUAACUAGAUUUGUUUGUUGGUGUACAUUUCUCAGUCAAACUUACUGUGUUUAAUGUUUACAAUAAUGAAAAAACCAUGAGCCAUCUAUUUCAAAAGAACAAUCUUAUAGUUUCCCUCACAGCACUUAACUUAAAGUACUGGCAGAGCUGAGCACAAAUCAAUUACAAUUUUUAAACUGGUCAAAAUAUGAGGCUGUGUGUUAGGCAAGAUAACAUCUUAACAUCCUUUUUUAGUCAUUAGUCACAUGUGAACCCGUCUUUUCUUUCAUCUUCUUUUGAAUCUGUGUGACUACCAGAUGAAUAUAUUAUGAUACAUAACAGAGUUAUAUCAAAUGUUUGUAACUGGUGGACUGGUGUCCCCAAGUCCCCACAAUGUAAAUCAUUAAAUAUUAGGGUGAAGACUUGCUGUAAGGUUCGGCUGAGAUUAGGGUUGGGUUAAGGUAAGGGUUAGGAUUGGGUAGUAAUGGUAAUGGUAAUUAAUUAAGUUAAUUGUUAUGGUUAGGUGGUGUGAUAUAGUUCCUUACAUUUUCAUUUCAAUCACAAUUGAAAUCACAAUUUCACACAAGAAUGUCUGUGGUCAUACAAUUGCA